GCCUCAAGGAUGACAUAUACCCAGGCCUCAAGGAUGACACAUACCCAGGACUCAAGGAUGACACAUACCCAGGACUCAAGGAUGACAUAUACCCAGGACUCAAGGAUGACAUAUACCCAGGACUCAAGGAUGACAUAUACCCAGGCCUCAAGGAUGACACAUACCCAGGCCUCAAGGAUGACACAUACCCAGGCCUCAAGGAUGACACAUACCCAGGACUCAAGGAUGACAUAUACCCAGGACUCAAGGAUGACAUAUACCCAGGCCUCAAGGAUGACACAUACCCAGGCCUCAAGGAUGACAUAUACCCAGGACUCAAGGAUGACAUAUACCCAGGACUCAAGGAUGACAUAUACCCAGGCCUCAAGGAUGACACAUACCCAGGCCUCAAGGAUGACAUAUACCCAGGACUCAAGGAUGACAUAUACCCAGGACUCAAGGAUGACAUAUACCCAGGCCUCAAGGAUGACAUAUACCCAGGACUCAAGGAUGACAUAUACCCAGGACUCAAGGAUGACAUAUACCCAGGCCUCAAGGAUGACACAUACCCAGGCCUCAAGGAUGACAUAUACCCAGGACUCAAGGAUGACAUAUGCCCAGGCCUCAAGGAUGACAUAUACCCAGGCCUCAAGGAUGACAUAUACCCAGGCCUCAAGGAUGACAUAUACCCAGGCCUCAAGGAUGACAUAUACCCAGGACUCAAGGAUGACAUAUACCCAGGAGUGAAGGCUGACCCCAUACUUGUGGUUCCAACACCAAUCUUAACCUAA